AUGCUCAGGGCGGGGCCUCUGUCCCUCAGGCAGCAGCUGGCUGGCAUGGAGGUGUUCCAGAAGGUGGAGAAGAUUGGGGAGGGCACCUACGGGGUGGUGUACAAGGCCAGGAACAAGCAGACCGGGCAGCUCGUGGCCCUCAAGAAGAUCCGCCUGGACUCGGAGACUGAGGGUGUCCCCAGCACUGCCAUUCGGGAGAUCUCCCUUCUCAAAGAACUUAAGCACCCCAAUAUUGUCAGGCUACUCGAUGUGGUACAUAGCGAGAAAAAAUUGUAUCUGGUGUUUGAGUUCCUCAGUCAGGACCUGAAGAAGUAUAUGGACUCAGCUGCUGCCACAGAACUCCCUCUGCACCUGGUCAAGAGCUACCUCUUCCAGCUGCUCCAAGGGGUCAAUUUCUGCCAUUCUCAUCGGGUCAUCCACCGUGAUCUAAAGCCCCAGAACCUGCUCAUCAAUGAGUUAGGUGCCAUCAAGCUGGCUGAUUUCGGGCUGGCGCGGGCCUUUGGAGUGCCUCUGCGUACCUACACCCAUGAGGUGGUAACCCUCUGGUAUCGCGCCCCUGAGAUCCUCCUGGGUUGCAAGUUCUACUCAACAGCUGUGGAUGUCUGGAGCAUUGGUUGCAUCUUUGCAGAGAUGGUGACACGCAGGGCCCUGUUUCCUGGUGAUUCUGAGAUUGACCAGCUGUUUCGUAUUUUUCGAACCCUGGGCACACCUAGUGAGGCCACAUGGCCAGGGGUCACCCAGCUGCCUGACUAUAAGGGCAGUUUCCCCAAGUGGACCAGGAAGGCAAUAGAGGAGAUCGUUCCAAGCCUUGAUCCAGAAGGCAAGGACUUGCUCAUGCAGCUACUACAAUAUGACCCAAACAGACGCAUCUCAGCCAAGGCAGCUCUAACACAUCAUUAUUUCUCCACCUGCAAGUCAUGCUCAGCCCCACGCCAGUGCAUGCUGGAGCAUUUUUGCCGGUGA